ACCGCUGGGGCGCUGAUACCGCAUACCGCACACGUGCAAUCUAAAUCAAUCCAAAUCGAGCGAUGUAUUGUGUACGUAGGUUAUCCGUUUCGUUGAAGAAUAUUAAAUUGUGAUCUUAAUUUAGUGUAAUUCAGUAUUUCGUCAUGCCUACUGUAAACAGAAUCACAAAGCCCAUUACACAUAAGGGCAAGAAAGCUAUAUUGAAGAAGGAGCCUAAACUGAUAGAAAAUGCAAAGGAAGCUUUAUGCCUGAAAGGUAACCGCACGUCACAGAUCGUUACCGAUUUUAUGAAGGAUUUGUAUGAUCUGAAGAAACCUAACGCGCAAAUGAUGAAACAGAGAAAUGAUAUACUGCCAUUUGAGGACAUUACACUUGUCGAAAAAUUCUCAUCCAAAUAUAACGCAUCUCUUUUCAUGAUAGCUUUACACAAUAAAAAACGCCCGCACAAUCUUGUGAUGGGUCGAACGUAUGAGCAUACAUUACUGGACAUGAUAGAAUUUGGAGUAGAAAAUUAUAAAGGAUUGAAGGACUUUAAGGUCGAAAAGAUCACCUCAGGAAUAAAACCAUUGUUAGUCUUUAAUGGUGAACUGUUUGAAAAUAAUUAUGAAUAUGGCAGGAUCAAAAAUUUGUUCAUUGAUAUGUUCCUAAGAGAAGAGGUUCAGAAGAUCAGAUUACAAGGUCUUGAACACGUUUUAAGUUUUACAGCUGUUGAGAAUAAAAUACUCUUGCGCAGUUACAGGAUACUUUUGAAAAAAUCCAACACAAAAACACCUAGGAUAGAACUUGAAGAAAUAGGUCCACGUGCUGAUUUAGUUUGUAGGCGCAACAAGUUUGCCUCUGAAGAUUUGUUCAAGCAAGCUUGUAAGAGGCCUAAGGCACUCAAGGUGAAGACGAAAAAGAAUAUCUCCAAGGAUACAUUUGGAACAACAUAUGGCCGAAUACAUGUUGGAGCACAACAUAUUGGGAAAAUUCAAACAAGGAAGAUGAAAGGCUUAAAGAAAACCAUAGCAGAAAAGAAGAGUGCUCAAAAGAGGAAAAUUACUAACGAUAAUAAUGACAGCGCAAAGAAAUUAAAAGAAACUGCAAAUUGAAAGAUUUGAUUGGGAUGUUUAUAAUUAAGUGAAAAGAAUGUAAUUUUAAUAUACUUUUAUUCAAGAUAUGAUUAUCAUUUCCAACUCCAACUGCUAAUAUUUUGCUGAUCCUGCAAUCAAUGAUAUAUAAUAUAUAUGUAUAUAGCGCUCAUAUAUUCUUUAUUAACAUUUUAAAAUAUUGUAAAAUUUUACCUUUACAAUUAUUCCGCAUGUAGCCAAGCAUUCUCGCACUUUGUCGCAUUCUUUCAAUAAAGUUGUAUCUUUUGGAUUUUGCUCAA